AUGCUUUGGGCUCCCUGCGAUGAGCCAGAAGAGCCUCAGCCGUUGCGACUGCUCCGCCACAAGAGCGAUGAGCACACCAGCCAAGCGGAGUGCCUGGUCAGCGACCCAACGCGACGCUGUUUUGCGUUCCACUGGCCUGCCUUCCUUGGCCGUGACACGGCGCAAGCGCACCGUAGGAAGGGCCACGUGAUGCGGUCAACGUGCUGGUUUGCAAGGGGCGGCUGCACCUGCGACUACACCUAUGGAGUCCUUGCAUUAGAGCCAAGUGUUGCGAACUGCGACAGCUCUGCAGUGCGAUGCAAUCCUCUCUCUCCGGGAUCGCAGCAAUGCCCGCGUCAGCUUGACUCGGAGAUCAUCUUCGGGGAGCUUUGCGGAGAGCAUGGAGAGGCUCACCGAGCUGAUCUUCACACGACUGGCUCCAAAGCUGAGUCGGAAAGACUGGCCCAACUCGGCGAACCUGAACUACUACGCGGACGGCAUGCAAUCUGUCGGCUGGCACUCGGACGACGAGAGCCUAUUCCAGGGAAAGGUGCAGGACUGCUCCAUCGUCUCGUUGUCCUUGGGCGGACGGCGGGAGUUCUGGAUUGCACUCAAGGCGGAGGGCACGGAGCCCUUGCAGGAGAGCAUUGUGGAAGUGGACCUCCGGCAUGGCGAUCUACUAAGCAUGGAAGGCAUGAUGCAAAAGCACACCGUGCACUUCCUGACGCGGGAGCCGCGACAGCGGGCAGAUUUCUGGCCUCCACGGAUCAACAUUACCUGGCGGUGGAUAGUGAAUCACCGGCGUGGCUGUCCCCUGCGCGGGGAGCUCUGCAGCUACCCCCGGUGCCUGGAACUCCAAGGGCCCGAGGCGGCCAAAGACGAGAUGCUGCAGCCAAGAGUGGCGACAUGGUG